CAUUUUUAUUACCAGAAUUACACUCAUAAUUAUCUAUUAUCUGUGCUGAAAACAAUUUUCUCAUUACUGCCAGUAUAUUGCACAUGCCAACAAGUUGUAUGCAAACUGUUCCUUUGCCAUAUCAGGACUCAAUAGCCUCAUAGUAGCUUCAUGUCUAUCUACUUCCACAGUAACAAAAGGAAACAAACCAUGAGGCCAUGGCACUUCUAGUGACAUGUGGCUUUGGACGGGUUGCGGUACGACAGAGCAAACUGCUCCUGACUUCUAACAAAGAACAGUUCAGUCAGAAGUUCAGAUCAAUAAGCCCUGCUGACAGAUAUAAAGCAUAUCAAGAAGCCUUUGAGGGGGACAUAUUGUAUCAUUUGACUUUUGAUGAAUUCUGCAGAAGUGCGACACACAUUGACAAAGUCUUCAAUGCCUGGAAUAGCCCAGAAAACAAAGCCAAGUUCCUUGACCACUUCGGACAUGAUAAGUGGAAAAGACUAAGUUCACAUGGAAAGGGGAAACACACUCUGCAUGGUCCAUGUAAAGGGUGCUUUACUGAGCACAAGGCUUUCUGGGAUCUCUUCAACAAGUGUGUAAAAUGCCCAAGGACAAGGAAGAUCUUGGGAAGUCCAGAACUCGAGUUGGAUUCACCCAGCCUCACUGUUCAAAGAGAAGGAGCAAGACAACUGAUAGGGCAGGUGGACAAAAUCUGCAGGAAGCAGUACAAGCGCCCUCUCACAGAAAUUCUUCCAGACAUGAACAGUUUGACAAGAGAACAGAAAAGGUCAAAGCGGAGAAAAAUCAUGUUUGAAGCAAGGGAACAAAUUCAGAAGGCUGCCAUGAAGAGGAAUAGAGACCUGGAUGUCACAUUUGGCAGUGGAGAGUCGCUGAACUCCCGGAAACAUCGAAGACUCACAGAGGAGUUUGAGAGCAGACAAGAGGCAGAAGAGAGGACGAAGAGAAGAAAAGACAAAGAGGCAAAGGGAAUACUGAAACCCAAGGACAGACUGGGAAACUUUGGUGUCUUUGGGGACUUUGAUCGGGAAGGCCUGAAGCAAGAAGUCCUAGCAUAUGAGGAUGGGACAGAAGUCACCUGGAAGCACCUAGCCAUCAAAUAUGGCGUCAAAGACAAAGACGGAAAACUGCCAGGAAAUGCUGGGCAGUUAGUAAAGCUGUGGUUGCAGAGUGAAGGCGUAGACACCAAGAGGUUUGAGGCAAGGACGGAGCAGGAGAGGGUCCGGAAAGCGAGGGUGCGGGUGGGAAGUGAUCCAAAGAUAACCGCGCCCAAGAAACGCACAGAGUCUCAGCUAAGGGAGGAGUUGAAAGUACUCAUCACAGAGGGACAGGUCCCAAUAGGAGAAUUCAUUGUGCCAAAACAGUAUAAGACAUAUUUCCUUGACAAAGCAACAAACAAGAUAAAAACGAAGGCCACCUUCAUUGAAGGAAGAAAGCGUCCGCUGCAAGAGAUCCGACAGCAUCUCCUGAAGAAACAACAGCCUUUCUUGCGGGAAGCAAGUAACUAUGACAGCAUGACCUUUGAAGAAAUGGUGAAGAGGCUGGAAGACCUGGGAGAAGACACUGAUGGGGAAACAGAGGAAGAGUUGAGGGAGCAUUUGGAGGCGGUUGAGAGCACAAGAUCCAACUUUUACUGGGAAGACGGCUCCAGUCUGGCAAAUCACGGUUGCAUACUAUACCUGGUAGGGACACUAUACGAUCCUGCAGUGUUCUUAACAAACAAAGAGUACUUUGAGAAAUACAAAGUACAUGUAUCAGUCCAAGCUGAGGUGGAGAAGCCAGAACUCUACAUCAUAGCCCGAAGUGGUGGAUCAGAUGAGGAGCAGUUACUGUACGCUGAGACAAGACGCGAUGAUUUGCCUUGUCUGUCUCUUCCAGUCCAGACGGAAGAUGGACGCAGCAUCAGAGAUAGACUACGUCUCGUCAAGGGAGAUCAACUAUCCCGCUCAUUCGAGUUUGGGCAGCAGCGUGUGGGCCACUAUUCAUGCACCUGUAUGGUGGAUAUGCGGAUGAUUCCAGAUUUCUGGCAGUGCUGUCACUUGGAAAAUGUCACUACCAAUAUCAAGGACAGACAGGAGUUCAUCAUGGAGGGGCCAGUGACAUCCAAGAAAGCACCACUUUCCAUUCCUGACCCCUUCCACACAAUGACGAAGGAGGAGAUGAAGGAUGAGUUAACGUACAGAGGCACAGUCUCCUAUACAGAAGCUGAGAAAAUGACAAAAAAGGAGCUCAGCGACAAUCUAAAGCACAUGCUUCAUGGGACCAAAAGAGUCCCCACACUACUGUACAAGAAUCCCACACAAAAUGUUGAAGACCUUAACCUACAGUACCUAGAAGAAACUGGAAGUGAACCUAUGCACGAUCUAUGCAACCACACCAAAAAUGUUCUAGAAGAACUGCAGUCCAGAGAAACAAAUCAUGUAUCUGAGAUCAUCAAAAGUGUGAAAGAAGCCCUCCUCAAUAGCAAAGAUGUAGUAAGAGCAUCAGAUGUGCGGCUUGCCCUGCUGGUACUUCUCCAUGAACUCAAGGCUGAUGGCAAAGCAAGUCUUCAAUCCAUCCAGCUCAUCCAAACACUAGCAGACAUGCAGCAGCUCUGCUACGCCGAUGCAGAAGACCGCUCCAUUACAACCGUGUUCAGAAUGGCCAACAUCAUGUUUGCACACCAUCUGAUGAUGAAGGAGUGCUUCCCAGGGAAGCCACUCACAAUGACAUCCAGAAAGCUUUGGGGACACUACAUUCAUUCCCUAAGGGACCACAUUCCAAUCAACUUCAGAGUGGUGCCCAUUAGCUCCACCAUGGCUGAAAAUGAAGAGAGGCAGUUCAGCACGCUGAAACGAAUCACAAAAUCCUCAGCAAGCUACUCAAAACCAGGGCACAUUAUCUCCAACCUCUUUGUCAGGACACACUACCAGCAGAAGACAGCAACAACCACCAACAAGCAACAACAAAACAAGAUUUCGCAAGCAGCAAGGGCCAUUUCGAAGGACAGAACGACAAUCCCUACCAACUUGCUAAAAAAGUACCCCAGGGCUGCUCAAACACACUGCGAAAGAAUUGCAGACUUUCUGCUCCCAGGCUAUGGGGUGCACUGGCACAUCGAGGAUGACCAGCUAAUCUUCCAUGAUGGCCCUGAAGACAAACCAAAUCCACUACAUGGCCCAAAGCUGCAACACUUCCGUUCCUCAACAAUCCAGCAUCAACACAAGUAUCUACAAGGGAAAUGGAAGCAGUGCCUUGAACAGCGGGUCCCAGUUCCACUCAGCACACUCUGGAUGUACGAAGGGCAAAGGCUUGUGAAGAAAGCAAAGAUGCCAUUCCUAGAAGCCGAGUAUAGCUUUAGCCCCCAGUCGUAUCUCGACAUGCCAUCAUCUCCAGAUGAUACUGCCAACGAAGUAGAGGAUGAAAGCAAAGACGAGGAUGGGGAGGACGGCGACAAGGUGGAGGAGGAAGAGGAGGAGGAGGAACAGGAGGAGGAGGAAGAAGUCAUCAUCAGAGUGGACAGUAUAGAUGAGAUGCCAGACCUGGAGGAGGAAAGCAGUGCUGGUGCAAGCAACAUGGGAUCCUGUGCUCUACCAACAAAGCCAUCCCCAAGCGUCAACAUGCCAGAGCCCCAGACUCCAGGCAGAACUCGUUCAGACCAGUCACCAUGUCAUACCAGUACCAUGACUAGGAGCAUCAUCAUGUCCACGCCUGCAAGGACCAGCAGAACUUAUGAGGCAGUGAGAAGUGUCGCCAUGACUCCACCAACUACUCCAAGUGUCACUGUGGAAAGCAGAAAUGGAAAUGAGCCCAGCAGCAACACAACACCAAGCAGCACCAGCUUGUUGACACCACCAGCAACUGUGAGCAAAAUCAGGGAGGAUCCAAAUGUCAAGUGGAAGACAAAGCUGGGGAGUGCCCUCGCUGUGGUGCUGGGCGAUGUCCCCAUAGUCAACCGCGUUGACAGGAUGAAGGCCAAACUGAAGAUGUCACCGCGGAAUACAUUCGCCCGAGUUCAGUACAACAAGAGUGUAGCUGAAGUGUCAGGUGUACUGAGUAAACAGUUACGUGAAGACAGAAAAAGUUUUGAGGAUUGGGAGAAAAGCUUCAUGGUUACAGAGGGCAGGUUCCCAACAAUGUCAGACAUCAAGCUAAGUGAGGUUGCCUCUGCAGAAGAAAAACGUAUUAAGUAUGCAGAGCACCUGUUGAGAACUUUUGGUGUUAACUUGUAUGUAUAA